AUGAGUAGGGAGGGAAUCUCACUCUCUACUUUGCUUAUCACAAUUUGUGCCUCAACACACUACAGCGACUACCGACGGAACCUUGAGAAUGAUCUAGGACAACAUCCCGAUCUCAAGGAAUGGAUUCUAGAUAUUGUACAGUCGAUGUAUGAGAAAGAAAUGCAAGACCUUUCAGAUAAGGCUGCUGGGCUUCAUAUGAGCAUCUCUAGGAUGCGAGCAGAACAGCUUGAGGCCAGCUGGAUCAGCACGCUGAAGGUUACUUUCCAACAGAAGGCACCGAUCUUAUGGAAAGCCAUACAUCAGCUACUAAACACCGAUGGAAAACAGCGCAGAUGGAGAAAAUAUGGAAUUACCAGGGAUGCCAUGGUGACAACUGAAGUAGGGGGAGAACUUGAGGAGCAAUUUGGGGACAAUGACCACAAGCGCCGCAAUACCGCGGUAAGAAAUAGUCAUUUAUUCGAUGUGAAGACCACUGUCAUCCUUUCCAUCUUGAUCCACAGCUCCAAUGACAAAUGUAAUGCGUUACAGACCAAGCAUGCAUUUUACCUUGCAGCAUCCAACGCAUCCAGGUCUGUCCGACAGUGGGCUGCACACAUUGGGAUUGCUGUUUCGCCCACUUCCAUCGAGAACUUACGCGAGUCACUUAUCAACAACCAGAAACAAACCAAUAAGACCCUUGGGGCAACAAGGGUGGUCAAUAUUGCAUACGACAACUGUGACUUCAAGUUCGGUGUGGGGCAGCCGACUGAUCUCAAUGAGAAGAUGUUUGAAAGUAUCACUACCGGACUGUUCCUCAACAUGCACAAUGGCGUACUACCCAUAGAUCUUGAGUAUGCAAAAUACUUGUGGGAGCGGAGCCCUAACAAUGAACUAGGAAUUAAUCCAUUCCAAGGAACAUUGCAAUGGCAUAUCGUGUCGACAUUCAUUGAGGAAUACCUGCCUGAACUACGAUCAGGACUUGGGGAACCACCAUAUGAGUUCCAGCUUCACCCCGAAAAAACAUCAUACACAACUGCCGAAGCGAUGUAUGCUAAAGCCUCAACAAUAGAUGGCAACAUUGAAGCCAUCACAUCCCUGCUGGAACAGAGUGGGAUAAUCAAGGACACGAUUUUUGAGAACUACGUUGUUCUUGUGCAUGGAGAUCUUGGUGUUAUAGAGAAGAUCGAGACUGUAAUGCGCUCAAGGAGAAUCGAGGAGGGUUGGUAUGAGCAGCUAGGCUUUCUCUUGCCAAUACCUGGACUGUUUUACAUAUGA